AUGUCGGCAAGAGCCCAUUGCCCCCUCUCCCUCCCCACCUUCCCCAAACAAUUGAGAAUGUGUCGCAGUAGGGGUACCGGCCUCUUUAGCCUUUUGAGGCUCCUUGCAGUUUUCAACGUCCUAGGAAGCUCUGCUACCUCUAAGAUUGACCGCAGACAACGCGAAGGCUUCGAGGAUACGGCCUUCUUCUAUAGAAAUAUUCAGCAUGCCCGUGAACGCGUCGUCACAAGCACCGAUAUCAAUACAUGGAAAUCGGCCCUGGCCUCCCCCAACAUGACCGAUACGGAUAGAUUCCAAGGUUUCGACAUCACCAAACCCUAUUCGGAGCGAUCGCCCAUUGACGGUUUCACCACACUUUUGCGCAUCACCGCCGAUUAUCCCUUGCCAUUUGGGUCCACUGAGGAAAGCGACGAUACCUUCACAACUGUAACUUCUGUUAGCAUAACGGUGCCUGAUGAGAUCGCUGCCGACAACGGGACAGGCCUUCCGGAAAACGUCGACCCGUCCUGGAACAUUUGCAAUGGAUACUUUUACCUCACCGCAAAGCUUAAUGAGUCGAAUACCAACUGCGGUGGUGUUCUAUCUAACGACUGCAUUCGCGACAUCGAAAGCUCGCUUAGUGAAGCAUUCCAAACCAACGACUCAUGCCAAUUCCCCGACAAUCUGCCCUCUACCUGCCGCUUUGGAGAGUUGGUGCAGUUCUUUGAUUCAAGUCUACCGGAGCAGACCUUAGACAGGGCUUUCGGCAAUGGCGCUCCCUUCAUUGGAUUUAGCGUCGGCAGCGACUUUAAUAAGAGAGGAGACACGGACGCUUACGCUAGCUCGGGCUUGAGGACAGUCCUAAUCGCGACGGUCUGGGGUUAUAAUGCAAACGACUCGAGCAUGGCAUCCCAACUACCUGAUCCUCCGCCUAUUAGCCUCAGCUGUGACUAG